AUCGCAACCUGAUUGGCUGUUAUUACGUUGAAUGUUUUGAGUGAAACAUGUGGACCACCAGAAUCGCUCGGAAUUUAGUUAGGAAUUGCGUUCUGCAAGAGAAUUCGAAAAUCCUGCCCGUCGUUAAUUAUAGAAUAAAGAAUGACUUCUGCACUAGAUGCACCGCAUUUUCAUGCAGUCUCCACACGAAGCCUUCGACAAAAACCGUGGAGAAGGUGAAUCCAGUGCGACAAGUCCAACAUGUAAAUAAAUUCACCCAAAGAACUCACACUUGUGGAGAGCUAACUCUCAAAAAUGUUGGGGAAGAAGUCCAGUUGUGUGGAUGGAUGGAGUUCCAGAGAAUGGGGAAGUUCAUCAUCCUGAGAGACUCUUAUGGAUCUACACAGUUAAUUAUCCCCGAUGAUAAAAAGGAUCUGAUAAAAUCAGUGGAGAAGUUGAACUUCGAAACAGUCCUGGGCGUGACUGGGCGAGUGAUAGUCCGACCCACAGGUCAGGAAAAUCCUAAAAUGAAGACUGGAAGUAUUGAAAUUGAAGUUGAACGGCUCGAGGUCCUCAAUGAGUCCCUUCCACAGCUGCCCUUCUCCAUCAGAAAGUUCAAUAAUCCCAAGGAGACACUGCAGAUGCAGUACAGAUACCUGGCCCUUCGGUUUCCCUUUCUGCAGAGGAAUCUACGAGUCAGAUCGCAGAUUCUCAACGAUAUGAGGUUUUUCCUCAUUGAAAUGUGUGGAUUUGUGGAUGUGGAGACGCCCACGUUAUUCAGGAGAACCCCAGGGGGAGCCCAAGAAUUUGUGGUUCCAACACAACAUCGAGGAAAAUUUUAUUCUCUUGUUCAGAGUCCCCAGCAGUUUAAGCAAUUGUUGAUGAUUGGAGGAAUCGAUAGAUAUUUUCAGAUUGCCAGGUGUUACAGAGAUGAAACCGCAAGACCAGAUCGUCAGCCAGAAUUUACACAGCUCGAUAUAGAACUGUCAUUCACUGAUCGCGAGGGAAUUAUGACGUUGGUGGAGAAAUUGAUCGAGAACUGCUGGCCAAAAGAUUUUGAACCUGUCACAAUUCCUUUCAAGAGGUUCAACUACGAAGAAAUCAUGGAAAUGUACGGAUCUGAUCAGCCAGAUUUGAGGAUUCCCUAUCGUAUCCAUAAUAUCACGGAUUUACAUAAAAAUUCUGGAACCAUAAACGAAGAUGUGGGGAUCUACGGUUUGUCAAUACCAAACGGAUCUGACUUCCUUACGACUUCUGUGAAGACACACUUUAUGAAACUUAACAAAGAACUGAGUGACAAAAGCGUUUCAUUAAAUCAAAUUAAAAUUUCUGAGGACAACUGGGAAGAAAAGCUCCUGAAAACCGAUUUAGAUAUUUUGAAAUUGAAGUCGAGGCUGAAUAUUCAGGAGAAUGAUGUAGUAUUUAUUGUUAAUGGCGCUCGAGACGACGCAAGGAAAUUGCUUGGCAAAGUUCUUAAAGAAUUCACUAAUGUCAUGGAAGCAAAAGGUUCUUCCAUAAGAUCAAAGAAUUUCGAGUUCUCGUGGAUCGUGGACUUUCCACUAUUUGAAAAAGGAGAUGAUGCGAAUUCACUGGUGUCUACUCAUCACCCAUUCACUGCACCACAUCCUGAUGACGCUCAUUACCUCGAGGAUAAUCCCCUGAAGGUACGGGGGUUACAUUACGACCUGGUGCUGAAUGGUUCUGAGAUAGCGGGUGGAUCAAUUAGAAUUCACAACGCGAAAUUGCAAGAGAAAAUACUGAAUUCGUUGAAUAUUGACACUGCCCAGAUGUCACAUCUCUUGGAAGCAUUGAGGAGUGGUGCACCACCUCAUGGAGGAAUAGCUUUUGGUCUGGAUCGAUUAAUUUCGAUAAUAUGCGAUUCGCCUACCAUCAGAGACGUCAUCGCCUUCCCCAAGACUGGAGACGGUAAGGACCUGAUGUCCGGGGCACCAGCUGAAAUCUCAGAAGAAGAGAAAAUCCUCUAUCACCUGAAAAUUAGGAACGACAAUGAAAAAUGAGAAAUAAACGAUUUAAGACUUCAUCUGAGGUGUACAAAACGCUGUUUAUUUCAUUAAACAUUUCCUCUCAAAUAUCCUCAUGGAAUUUCGUUUUACCUAAAAUGAAUUCGAGAAUUGUUUCUAACACAUUUGCAUCUAGAAAAGUGGUAAAACGUAAUAAAUAAAUUAUUGUUCCGUUUUUUGGAAUUCCCACUGGAUAAAAUGUAAAUUCACUCUAAGAGAAUUUAAUUCACACAAAAAAAUGUUGUGUUAUUAUUUUUUCGUUAGUGACUUCAAAUCAAAUACGAAAUUUUUAUUAAUUACGUUUUAUUUCAGUAAAAAAUUGAUAGAUAAUUUGACUUUAAUUGAAUUUCAUAGAAAAAGUGUCUUGAAAUUUUGUCUAUUUUUUCAGAAUAAUUUAGCAACAAUUAUUGAUUUGUCAACAAUGAUUAAUUACGUUUUACCGUUUCUUCAGAAUAAUCUUCGCAUGUCAUCACUUAGUUCACCAUUCUGGCUACAAAUAUCGUAACAAUUACGAUACGAUAAUUACGAGGGAUUAAUAACUACACCAUAGUAAUCACACAAUCACACGUCAGAUGAACAAUGGAGCUUGAAAUAUCGUAUUCCACCUGCACCUUCCCCAUAAUACCAUAUACGUAUCAUUGACAAUACAGCUAGCCGAUGUCGAGUGUCAUGGGAAGUACAGGACGGGGAUAAUUCGUAUCUACACGAGAAAAUGUCAAAAUUCUCGUUCUGCAGUUACAAUGUGACUUAUAACUAGUAAUUGUUGAUUGAUUUACGGUCACUAGGGAUUAAAAAUCGAAUUCUAGGGCUUUUCUUUAAUUCACCGACGCCUGAGCAUCUUGGAAGAUUCUCGAAUAUCAUAAAUUAUGAUUCACAUCAAUUCAAUCAUCUCUGACUAAAAAUUAUGCUAAUUACUCUCAUCUGUGGAUUUUUCUUUUUAUGCUGAAUCGAGUUGUUGCGUUAUGCUUUUUUUUACUCUAUUUCUUUAAAUAAUUGAUAUUUUAUCGUAUUAGGCGGACGGAAAGGGACACAUUUUAUCUCAUUCGGUAUAAUUGAGUGCUGAAACGUUACGAGAAAUUGAUUUUUAUCUUGAAAACUGCGAUUUUUCCGCGAAUGAGUAGAUCUAGGCAAAAAUGUCUAAAGAAACUUUAAGUUUGAAAUUUAAUUCUCUGGAAAAAAUGUCAAGUGACAUUUUCUUCUAGAAUCGAGUGUUAUCGAGAUACUCAAAUUGUCAAAGGUGUCGAAUUCUUAGUGAACAGAUUUCUAAAAUUCUUGCUUUAUAAAUUGAUUUUGCAGCAGUUAUACGAUUUCAGAAAAAUGUUGACUGUUUUAAUUAAAAAUUUGUCAUUAUCAAAAUUAUAAGACGUUCCAACCCUUUCUGUUUCAUCGCAUCACUCGAAUCCGAAAUGAUAAAUGACAAAAAUGUUCCAGACAAUUUGUCCCUUUGUAAUUCUAAAUCAUGCAUGCUGUCUCCAGGAAAAAGAAAUGCACUAUUUACACUGUUAUCGGGACAAAUAAAUUUCCCUCAGAUUCACAGACUGAUAAAGAACUCAAUUAUUUCCUGUCUUAUCAUUCAUCUCCAUUUAAUUUUGUCUCUCAGUAACGUGCAAUUAUCAUACAAUCAAAUACAAAUGAAUCCAGUAAUGAACUAUAAUUACGUAUAAUAAUUCUGAUAAUUUUUUUAUAUAAAAAAAUACUAUAUUACAUAGGGUUGCACGUACAUUCGCAUAAUAAAUUCGCCCAUAUCGAUAAAUAGGUACAUACACCUUUUGAACACUCAUAUCAUGUCACACUAUAAAGUUUUCCAUCACAUAGUUAUUACGUAGAUUCAAUUCGAUAAUCGUCAUAAUUUUUUUUUCUCUUAAUUGUGGUGAUUAAAAUGAGAGGACAGGGGGGAAUGUGUUUAAUUGGUAGAAAGAGGUGACUCGUUGGAGGUGAGACUUCAAUUGUUAUUUUUUUUCAGAUUAUUAAUGACUAAUAAUAUGACUAAUCGAGUCUCGUUGACUUUAUGCCAUUGGAGAAAGAAAAAUAUUAAUUUUAAAAAAAAGGCAUUUUACUAUUUCGUGAAUAUUUUCAGAACCAUUGAGUCUAGAGAAAAAUAAUGUACAAAUAUAAUUAAAUUCUUGUAAACAAUACCAGAGGAUAAAUAGUAUGGAGUAAUUCCCGAUUCUGUGGUGAAAACAUUGUGAUUUUGCAGAUUUUUGCCAGAAAAAUCGACACCUGUGAGGGAAUUAGCCGAGAAUUUUCGGAGCUUCAAGGGCUAUUCGUAGAAUUAUUUUAUCAUCAAAAUUUCGACCAAUAAAAUGUCAGAUCGAGGCUCAACUUGAUUUGCCAAUCAAAAAUUACCAGUGAAAUUAUCAAAAAUUAUUAUUUUAAUAUCGUGUUAACUACAAAAAACCAGUGGUCCAUUUUCAUUGGCUGAAAUUUAGAUGAAAAUCCCGACAAAAUAUUCACUGACAUUUUUUUUCGUAAACCCAGUCCUGAAAUAUCCACCAUGAAUCCAGAAUUUAUUCAGACUCGACAAAGGAAAUCAUCUCAAACAUAUAAAAAUCCCCAGAAACAUCAUCUAUGUACAGAAAUCGUCAAUACUAAUUGGUAUAUCUUAUCAACCCUAAUGAACAUCUCCUUAUCACCCAAGAGCUCCCCACGAAUUCCUCAAAAAAAAAUCUCAAAGAAAAGAAAAAUAUAUGUAAGAGGUGAAUGAACCAAAGACGAAAAAAAUAAAGAAAAAAAAUGCAUCUCACAAUAGUCGUGUCCAUAUUCGUCACUCAAUAUACAAUAAAAAAAAAGAAUAAUCAUCAUAA